AUGUGCCGUAUGCCACUCUGGCUUUGGCUCUUCCAACAGAAGAAGAGCAGCCUCUGGGAGCUCUACGAUGAGCUCCGCCAUAUGGAACCUGGUCAUCUAUCAAACCAGGUUACCAAUAUUGAUAUCCACUCGAUGGAUUUCUGGACUGGGGACACCUCCCUCAUCGAAUUCUUCAUACCCGACACCGAAACCACCCUCAAAAUCGCCAACACUGCACUCGACCCCGAGGACCCCCUGGACGACCAGUUCACGUGGGCUCGGCAGAUGAAGGACGAUGAAGACAUCAUUCAUCGAGAGUUGCACUAUGAACUCUACCGGUCGUUUGUAAACUACAUGCGCCACUCCCCAGGGGGAAACAAAGUGCCCUGCUUCUGGAAGCUAGUUUCCAUGCGUGAAGAUGAAGAUCUCUUCAACAGCAACGAUCAGCACGGCUUCAUCGUUGAAAAGGGAGCCAGAAGUGUUGACGGAACCUCCCAUCAACUUGUCGUCAUGAAAAGCGAAAAAUGCUAUUAUGACACACUCCCAUCAACUGGAGAACUCAUCGUGCUUGUCCGGUGGAUGCUUGGUGGGAUCAAACACCGCAGGCACCAAUUCGGCAGGUACCACCGACAUAUGCCUAAGCAUCUUGAGUUCCCGACAAUGGUCAUCUCCUUCCUCCCCGAUGCUCGAGUUCGAAUUUUGCAUGGGUACUUCGACGGCGGCCGACUCAAUGUGGCCUGUACCCCAGCAAUCAACUUCGAUGCGGAGGACUAUGCCGACAAAAUGGAUGCUUUGCUCCAGUGGGCAUGGCCGAUUAGUGAUGGAGAUACCACCAAGCCCAUUCCUCUUCCAACCAUCGAGGACGAUGAAGAGGACGAGUGGGACGAGUGGGAGAAGUGGGAGCUACGAUACAGGGAGGACAGCGACGGGGAGAGCGAAUCAGAAGAGGAGGGUAACAGCACUGAGGUACAAGAAGACCUCGGUGACUGUGAGUCGGAAUUCAGUGAGGAUGAUGAGAGCGAUGGGUUAACCCAGGGCCCCAUCGAAGAGUGGAGUGACGAGUUUGUGAUGUCUGCGGACAUCAAAAGAAAGAUCAUGGAGAGGUUGGAUGAGAAGAUGAGGAGUUUGGGGGAGUGA